AUGGCUCUUGAAUUCGAUUUGGUCAUUGAGAAUCGACAAGUCGCCUUCUCCGGUACCCUCAUUCUUAUAUGCACUUGCAUCGCUAUUAUCUUAUAUUUGAGAAAUUCCAAACCCCCUCUGAGGCCUAAAGGAUCAAAUGGUCUGUUUACACAGGGGCGCAAACGGCUCAAAGAGUCACGUCCAGCUGUCACGACAAAUGCUGAGUGGACAUCAAUGAGAGAGCUAGAAUUCUACAAAGAGCUCUAUUUCAAACUUCAGAAUUUGGAGGAACACUCCGACACGAUACCGAUAGCACGAAAAGCUUUCCUAGUUCUGCUUUCACAGGCAUUGGAGGAUUACGACAAGGCACUGGAUACAAACAUACUGUCGAUUAAGCGCUUCGACAAGAACGAGCUUGCCCACUUUCUGCAAAGUCAUCAAGACAGAGUCACAAGCCAAUAUCAUCAGUAUAUCAGCCGCCGACAAUCCGGUGGUCCGCGUGAGUUGUUCCAAAAUCAGCAAGCAGCUGGAGACUGGCUGAGGGAAAUUGCACCGCUAAAGUUGGUCGACGGCGCCUGGCUAGGGCAUUUAAACAAGGUUACUAUGCCUUUCUCGCUGAGGCAAAUCGUGAGACAGACAUGGCAAGUGUUCACAGAGGAACUGGGAAACGGCAACCGGGACCAACACCAUGUCAAGAUCUUCGAGGAGCUUCUGAGGGUAUUUGAGCCAGAUUUACCCUCGCCAACAACGAAGGCUAUUCUGCAUCCCCGAUACAAGCUAGGUAAUCUCAAAUAUUGGAGAGCAGCUGUGGCGCAGCUCUUAGUGUCUCUCUUCCCGCACGAUUUCUUGCCUGAGAUUCUUGGGUUUAAUAUGCAUUUUGAAUCCCUGCAAUUGGAUACUAUGCAAGCGGCGAAGGAGUUGCCGGAAGUUGGCCUCAACGCAUACUAUUUCCUUCUCCAUGUUUCAAUUGACAAUGGUCACUCGGGACAUGCUGCAAUGGCCAUGGAAAGCGUCGCAGACUACAUCCGGCAUAUUGGCGACACUGAGGGCGAGGUGGCUGCUGAGGUGGCGUGGAAGAGAAUCCAGGCUGGAUAUAUUUUCAGCGAGUGGCAAUCUCAAAAAGGCAGCCAAGUAACCAAUAUCAUUGCACGACUCAAUGAUGUCUCUGAUGAUCGACUGGAGUCAAAGGUUCUUUCGAUAUUCGGCUCAAAGAUUCAGGCUGCCCAUAGACUGCAUUGCGGUAGCCGGGUGAAAAUUGGAAAGCGCUCGCUUUCUGACUGGCUGGAUCCCGAAGCGUUCUUGGUUGAGGAAUGGCAACGGGAGUUCAUUCGAUGCUUGAGCACAUCCCAGCCGUGGAUAUAUCCAGGUGACAGCAGGAGGAGCAAAUUGGCCCAAGAGUUUCGAUGGGGAGGGAGAAUGUACGGCGCAUUCACGAAGAGCGAACUCGAAACACUUGAGCUCUGGAUCAACUCCCUAGACUAUGCCCGAACCCCUUUUUAUUACUCCUUCAUCGAGCCCAUAACGCACUCAUGGCACCAAAGACCCAAGAUAUCAAACACCGACAAGAGCGGUAAUUUUGUCAUCGCUGUUAAAAGAGGGAGUAUUGAAACAGCAAGUUUACUCCCCAAAGACCCGUUGGGGAAGUAUUUGGGAGACUUGCCAAUGAAUCCAAAUCUUUCCGUCCUAUUGCCGCUCUGGUUUACGCAGUGCUGCCUCUUGGAAACAUUUUUGUACGCUCCGGGGAGAACAACCGAUAACAUUGGCUGCGCUGUGGUCCGCUUCUUGCGGGCUCAGUCCGGCUUCGAGACGGAGGACUUAAUUGUGACCGGGACAGAUGAGCCUCGCACGUCAGAGAAUGGAGGAAUUGUUGAAUUUGGCCUGGAAAUAAUUCGUCAUGCGUCCCUUCCCAUCCCUCAAGAUCUAUACAGACUUUUCUCUCGUUGGCCGUCCGAGUUUGCCAUAACCAUGCUCAAGUUAGCUUCCAGCCCUAUUCGAAACUUUGGUAUUCUGUUGGGUAUGUCCAUGGCGUUUCUCGAAUUGCAAGAGAUGGUAUCAGAAUCUUCAAAUCCUGGCUUGCUUUGUCCGAAGAGCAGCGAGCGCCUUGCGUUGCUAGUUAGGAGACAGUAUCAAUGCUUGCAGAUCUGUCUCCAGGAGAUUCCCGCGGGAGAUACACGUCAUGUGGACUUCCACCGUGGGUAUGAUAUGGCGAAGGUGGAGGUUAACAAAUGCUUCGGACCAAUGGCGUGA